AUGAAGAAGGAGUUGUUGAAUGCCUUUUGGGAUAAAAGUAAUGAUAUUAUAUCAAUUGUGGGAGCAAAAUGGAAAUAUUUGAAGAGAGUCACAACAACUUCUUAUGUGACAUUGUUGCUAUUCUUAUUUCUCCUUAUCACAGUUUCAGCCUUGUCCUUUGUUGGAUGGAUUGAUCUUGCAAAGUACUCAAGACAUUUUUAUAAAAUACAAGAAAAUACACCUGUGAGACCUCAAAUUCUUGAAUACUCAUUGGAUUGUAAUGCAUGGAACAAUACCAAUAUGUGUCCAACAACUUAUCCAAUGUCUUAUAAACCCUUAAACCCUAACAACUCAACAUGUCCUGAGUAUUUUAGAUGGAUUCAUGAAGAUUUAAGACAUUGGAAGAACACUGGAAUUACUCGAGAAAUGCUCGAAAAAUCGAAAAGAUAUGCACAUUUCAGAUUAAUAAUAUUGGAUGGGAGGAUUUACAUUGAACGUUACGCGAAAUACUCUAUAGAAACUAGACAUUUGUUCACUAUGUAUGGUAUUGUACAACUCCUAAGGUUUUAUCCUGGAAAAUUGCCUAAUUUGGAGAUCAUGUUUGAUACCGAUGAUCGGCCGGUCAUCCCGGAGAGAGAUUUUCGGCAACCUAAUUCCGGUCCACCACCGUUGUUCCGGUACUGUUCAGAUUGGCGGAGUAUGGAUAUUGUUUUCCCAGAUUGGUCAUUUUGGGGCUGGGGAGAGACAAAUAUAAGACCAUGGAGAAGUAUGUUAAAGAAGAUAAAAGAAGGGAAUAAGAGAAGCAAUUGGAGAGAUAGGAUACCCUUUGCUUAUUGGAGGGGAAAUCCACUUGUUUCUCCAGUUAGAAAAGAUCUUAUCAAGUGUAAUGUUACUGACAAACAAAAUUGGGAUACUCUAUUAUAUGCUCAGGAUUGGAAAAAUCAAUCUAAAAUGGGGUACAAGGAAUCAAAUAUUGAAGACCAAUGCACACACAGAUUCAAAAUAUAUGUAGAAGGAUGGGCAUGGUCAGUUAGUGAGAAGUACAUAUUUGCAUGUGAUUCACCAACAUUGUACAUUGAGUCUCACUUCUAUGAUUUCUUCAUAAGAGGAAUGAUCCCACAGCAGCAUUAUUGGCCCAUUAGUGACACUGACAAGUGCAAAUCUCUCAAGUUUGCUGUUCAAUGGGGAAAUAAUCACACACACAAGGCAGAAGCCAUAGGGAAGGCAGGAAGUGAAUUCAUUCAUGAAGACAUGAAGAUGGAACGUGUCUUUGAUUACAUAUACCAUCUAUUGAAUGAAUAUGCAAAGUUGCAAAAAUUUGAUCCAAUUGUUCCUCCAGAUGCUACUGAAAUAUGUUCAGAAUCAUUGGCAUGUCCUUUAGAUGGUGUAUGGAGGAAGUUCAUGGAAGAAGCUUUAGAGAAAUCUCCAAGUUAUACUGAUCCUUGCAUACUUCCACCACCUUAUGAGCCUCAACAACUUAAGGCAUUUGUUGAACACAAAGUUAAUGCCACAAAGCAAGUAGAGGCAUGGGAGAGUGAGUAUUGGUCUAGUUUAAAAAAGAAGCAUUAGGACAUUUUUUGUUAAAUUCCAUUUGCUUAUUGUAUCCUUAUGUACAAUAUCUCAUCUAUUUGUCAUGGAAUAUUUGCACCAGCAA